AACAUAAAAUUUUUCCUCUUUUUUUUUAAAGAAAAAAAGAAAAAAGAAGCUAGUCCGGUGCACGGGGCACCACCACAUUGGAGAGCAGCUACGUACACAGCAAAUGUACAUAGUUGUUGAUCAUCUCUCUCUCUAUUUGUUUCUAAUAUUAUAUGUAUGGAAGUGGAACUCAAUCGAUCCCUCCCUCUCUCUCUCUCACUCUUCUUACCUCUCUGUCUUUCAUUUUGCUCCCAACGACCUCUGACAGCAAUUAAUGGCGGCUUAGGCAGAUAUCCAGCUCAAAGAGCACCAAGUUAGAUCAUAAAGAUAGGGAGAAAGAGAGAGGGGGUGGGGGGUGGGGGAGAGACAUGAAAAGGUAAGAGGGGAGGGUGGUAGAUGGUGAAGAACCCGAAGGAAAUUAAACGCGCAGUGGCGUAUUAAAUGCCUCCCCCCACCCAUCACCUCCACCACCACCACCACCUCCACCACCACCCUUUCUAAUUCUAUAAAACUUGCUCCCUGUGUCUUCUACUCCUCCACUACUCCAUGUGAUCUCACCACCUAUAUAUGACCACCACGUUCGCUAGCUAGCUGAUUUGUGUCCUGCACGUGAAUAUAUAUAUAUAUAUAUAUAUGACUAGCUAAUUAGCAUAUGCUGCUGCUGCUGCUGCUGCUGGGCGCUGCUGCUGCUGCUGCUGCUGCUGCUGCUGCUGGUGGUACUAGUAGUACUGGUAGUAGUAGUACUAGUAGUAGUAGUAGUAGUAGGAUGAUGAUGAUGAUGAUGAUGAUGAUGGAGGAGUACUGGUCGGGGACGUGGGCGGCGGUGGCGUUGGCGUUGGGAGCGGCGUACAUGGCGUGGUUCUGGCGGCUGGCGCGGGGGCUGCGCGGGGGGCCGCGGGUGUGGCCGGUGGUGGGGAGCCUGCCGGGGCUGGUGCAGAACGCGGAGCGCAUGCACGAGUGGAUCGCCGGGAACCUGCGUGGCGCCGGGGGCACGUACCAGACCUGCAUCUGCGCGGUGCCGGGGCUGGCCCGGCGGGCGGGGCUGGUGACGGUGACGUGCGACCCGCGCAACCUGGAGCACGUGCUCAAGUCGCGCUUCGACAACUACCCCAAGGGCCCCACCUGGCACGCCGUCUUCCGCGACCUGCUCGGCGACGGCAUCUUCAACUCGGACGGCGACACCUGGCUGCUCCAGCGCAAGACCGCCGCCCUGGAGUUCACCACCCGCACCCUCCGCCACGCCAUGUCCCGCUGGGUCGCCCGCUCCAUCCACCUCCGCCUCCUCCCCAUCCUCUCCCACGCCGUCGACGCCCGCUCCCCCGUCGACCUCCAGGACCUGCUGCUCCGCCUCACCUUCGACAACAUCUGCGGCCUCGCCUUCGGCAAGGAUCCCGAGACGCUCUCCCCCGGCCUGCCCGAGAACGCCUUCGCCGUCGCCUUCGAUCGCGCCACCGAGGCCACCCUGCAGCGCUUCAUCUUCCCCGAGUUCGUCUGGCAGUUCAAGAAGCGCCUCCAGUUCGGCAUGGAGGCCACGCUCGCCAGCAGCGUCGCCCACGUCGACCGCUACCUCUCCGCCGUCAUCAAGGCCCGCAAGCUCGAGCUCGUCUCCUCCUCCUCGCCCUCGCCCUCGCCCUCGCCCGACCGCCACGACGACCUCCUCUCCCGCUUCAUGAAGAAGGGCUCCUACUCCGACGACUUCCUGCAGCAGGUCGCGCUCAAUUUCAUCCUCGCCGGCCGCGACACCUCCUCCGUCGCCCUCAGCUGGUUCUUCUGGCUCGUCUCCACCCACCCCCCCGUCGAGCGCCGCAUCCUCGUCUACCUCAAGGCCGCCCUCUCCGAGACUCUCCGCCUCUACCCCUCCGUCCUCUGGCUCGCCUCCCCGCUCGCAUUCGAGGAGGUCGACCGCCUCGUCUACCUCAAGGCCGCCCUCUCCGAGACUCUCCGCCUCUACCCCUCCGUCCCCGAGGACUCCAAGCACGUCGUCGCCGACGACGUCCUCCCCGACGGCACCUUCGUCCCCGCCGGCUCCUCCGUCACCUACUCCAUCUACUCCGCCGGCCGCAUGAAGUCCGUCUGGGGCGACGACUGCCUCGAGUUCCGCCCCGAGCGCUGGCUCAGCCCCGACGGCACCAAGUUCGAGCCCCACGACUCGUUCAAGUUCGUCGCGUUCAACGCCGGCCCGCGCAUUUGCCUCGGAAAGGACCUCGCCUACCUCCAGAUGAAGUCCAUCGCCGCCGCCGUCCUGCUGCGCCACCGCCUCGCCGUCGUCCCCGGCCACCGCGUCGAGCAGAAAAUGUCCCUCACGCUCUUCAUGAAGCACGGCCUCAAAAUGCACGUCGCCGCGCGCGAUCUCAAUCCGAUCGUCGCCGAGCUACGCCGGACACGCCCGGAGGCCUUGGCCGCGCCGCCGCCGGAGAGUCAAGUGAACAAAAGCAGUGCCGUUCCUACGGAGGUUGCAGCUGUUACCGCCUAAUUAAAGUGCAUUUUCUUUUUCCCCUUUUUUUUUCUAAAAAAAAAUUGUUCUUCAAAUUAAUUGGAAUAUAUUUUAGAAUACUGUGGGAAAGUGAGCUGGGUUGGUGUAAUGUAGAUAGAUAGUAAGUAAACAAGUUGGUGUGAGAUUUGGGGUCAAGGGGGAAGAAAUUAAUUAAUGGACAGUGUGUCUAGCUCUAUUCAGAUCAUUAUCUUUAUUACUAUAAUUGUUAUAAUUGGGAGAAAACCAGAGUUUGAUGUCACUUUUAAAGAAUAAUAUAAAUAAAAAGAAGCAUCGGAAUUGGGAUGUAACAUUUGUUGUGGUGGUUAAAAUGUGAACGCCACCAAUCUUAGAAAGUUUAUGAAAGAAACGAUUGUAUCCUUUUAAUUGGAAGCAUUUA